UUUGUUUUAGAAACAAAUUAAUAAUUGGCAUUCAAUUCCUGUAGAUCCACAGGAUUUCAAUUUGUUUUCGACUUUAAAUAGUGGUCAAGCUUUCCGCUGGGUUUUUAAUUCAACUCUGAAUGAAUGGCAUGGAGUAAUAAAUGGUCACUUAUGGCGAUUACGUCAAAUGGAGGAUUCUAACCCAGUUGAAUAUUAUCUUGAGAAAAAUUCGAAAAUAAAAUUAAACGAUGUUCCUUUUGAUUUACGUGAUUACUUUAGAUUGGAUAUGAAUUUGUCUAAUCUAGUAAAGGAAUGGUCUAUGAAGGACAAAUGGUUUGAGAAUCGUUUCUCUAAAAAUUGUCAAAUGGAUACAGCACGUGGUUUACGCUUGUUAAGGCAAGAUCCAGAAGAAACAUUAUUCUCUUUCAUUACAUCAGCUAAUAAUAAUCUAACAAGAAUUACCAAAUUACUUUGUAAAUUGUGUAGUGAAUAUGGUAAUCCAUUGUACUUGGAAAAUGGUGAUCUAGGGCACUGGACAUUUCCAUCACUUGAAAUACUUGCACAACCUGGUAUGCAGGAUAAUUUGAAAAAAAUUGGUUUUGGUUAUCGUUCCAAGUUUAUUACACUUGCUGCCAACUGGCUUUUGAAAAAUGGAGGUCGAUCUCGUCUACUUGAACUUCGUUCCAUGUCCCAUGUUGAAGCUCAGGCAUUUCUGCUUCAAAUACCUGGGAUCGGAAAGAAGGUUGCAGAUUGUAUAUGUCUUAUGUCGUUAGAUAAACUAGAUGUUGUCCCUAUCGAUGUCCAUAUGCAUCGUGUUGCACGUGAGAAAGGAAUUCCCGAAGCAUCCUGUAAAACCAUGACUACAAAAUCAUAUGAUAUUAUUUCAAAGUCACUUAGUGAUUUUUGGGGAAAUUAUUCUGGAUGGGCACAAACGAUCCUUUUCUAUACUCGUAUAAUGGAAUCGAAACCUAAUAAAAAACUAAAGGAACAAAUCAGUCGUUUUAGGAUCAACAGUUAAUUUACUAAGCUCAAGGAGCUUGAAAUCGAAUGAAUGUUAAGUUAUCAUUCACCACCUCAGUUACUACUGAACAUUUUAUCUGCAAUGCAUUUAAAUUUGGAUAUUGUUUUAAAAUACUUUGUUUUGAAAACUAAAAUUAUAAAUACUGGAUUGUAACAAAAACAAUUAUACAUGGAAGUGAUUCAUACUUCUGUAAUUCAUUAUUGGUUGCGUGGUAUGCAAACUUCAAAUAGUUUACUAUUCAUGUUUUUGAUCUUCCUCUAUCUUGUUUAUUUAUUAUUCACAUUUUAAGUCAUUUCGGCUAGUUAACCUAGAUUUUGAGCGGUUUAUUCAUGGUUCAUAAGGUUAGUUCUGGAUAGUGGUAUAACUUUAUUGUGAAGAUUAUAGUACUGUUAACUAUCUGUUCAAUUUCUACUUGUCUUACCGAUUUUCCAGUCUUACUUUCGAAGAAUAUUAGUUUCUGCAAAUAUACAUAGUUACACCAUGGCCUUUCA